UUUGCCGCAACACCGGUGAAAAGUUACCCUAUCAGCUGACUGAGGAUCUGCAGAGUGAGAUCAGAGAGCGGCGCGCCUAGUCCGUACAGUACACACAUAGACUCCACUGGCGCUUCGGACCGUUCAGCCAGGCGUGUCAGCUCGACUUGCUGCGGGGUUCACCUGAGGGGAACGGGAGUCGCACGUGAGGCGGCGGGCAGUGCGAAGACCGCGCCCGGAUGGUGAGAGUCGCCGGCGGGGCGGUGCAGGGAGAUGCGGGGAGCGAUGCGGCGGCGGUUGACACGCAGUCGGGUCCUGCUGGCGUUGUUUGUGGCAGCUUGGGUCCUGGGUAUCGUGUACUAUAGCGCCCUGAUCGGCUCCGACAGCGGUAGCGCCGACGGUGGAGUGGUCAACUACUUCUUGAUCACCAAACCCAACAACAGGACUACUCUGGGUGACAGCCAUUUUGAGGCCUACAGCCGUUACCAGCUCUUGGUUGCUGCAGAUGUUGAGGAUACGCUGAGUUUUAAAAAAGGCCGUGAUACCAGUCAGGUGUAUGGUCAGUCCCUGGGAGUCAACUUUGACGGACGGACAUAUAUAGAAGGUGGUCAGCACGAUGCCAAGGACUCCUACAAGAGGCAUGCCUUCAAUCUAGCCGAGAGUGACAAAAUCUCCAGUAAUCGCCCUGUGCCAGACACUAGGAAUUACAGGUGCUCGGCCUUGGAGUAUGAUGCCUCCUCCCUGCCCCAGACCAGUGUCAUCAUCACCUUUCACAACGAGGCCAGAUCUGCCCUCCUCAGGACCAUCACUAGUGUACUGAACAGAAGCCCUCCAAACCUGGUGCGAGAGAUUGUCCUUGUGGAUGACUUCAGUGAUGAUCCGGAGGACUGCCUGCAGCUGACGGCCAUCCCCAAGGUCCGCUGUCUCCGCAACGAGCGCAGAGAAGGACUGAUGAGAUCUCGUGUGAAGGGUGCAGACGCCUCCACCUCCGACGUGCUGACCUUCCUGGACAGUCACUGUGAGGCUAACAAGGACUGGCUGCAACCGCUGCUGCAGAGGGUGAAGGAGGACCCCACACGUGUGGUGAGCCCAAUCAUAGAUGUCAUCAGCAUGGACACCUUCCAGUACAUUGGUGCUUCUUCUGAACUGAGGGGAGGGUUUGACUGGAGUCUGCAUUUUAAGUGGGAACAUCUGUCAGAAGCUCAGAAGGCCUCAAGAAAAGACCCAACUGAACCUAUCAAGACACCCAUGAUUGCUGGUGGCCUGUUUGUGAUUGACAAGUCAUGGUUCAACAAACUGGGCAAGUAUGACACCAUGAUGGACAUCUGGGGAGGAGAGAACUUUGAAAUUUCUUUCCGUGUGUGGAUGUGUGGAGGCAGUCUGGAGAUCAUUCCAUGUAGCAGAGUCGGACAUGUUUUUAGAAAAAGACACCCCUACACCUUUCCAGAAGGAAAUGCAAAUACAUAUAUAAAAAAUACACGCCGCACUGCUGAAGUGUGGAUGGACGAUUAUAAAAAUAACUUUUAUGCUGCAAGGCCUUCAGCAAAGGGUAAACCAUAUGGAAACAUUCAAGGCAGAAAAGAACUUCGUGAGAAGUUGAACUGCAAGACUUUCCAGUGGUACUUAGAAAAUGUCUACCCAGAACUUGACAUUCCUGGCAGCAACAUGAAAUGGGGCGAACUGAAGCAGGCCGAUCAGUGUCUGGACACACUGGGGCACAAGCCGCCUGGUGCGGUGGGCAUGCAGGCCUGCAACUUACAUCCUGGUAGUGGCAUGGCCUCGCGUCAGCAAUGGGCUUUGACCAAACGUAACAUGAUCCAGCACGGGUCGUGGUCGUGGUGCUUGGCGGCUGACACAGCCAUCCCCGGAACACUGGUGUACCUCAUCACCUGUAACAUCCAAGAAAACAAAAUGAGGUGGAAACGCCAGGACCGCCUGCUCAUGCACAUUGCAACAGGACUGUGUCUGGACAGUGUGGAGGCUGCCCAGGGCCUGGGGGUCACCAUCGAGCAGUGUGACAAAACCAGAGUCUCCCAGCAGUGGGAGUACACUCUGGACAACAAGCAGAGAUGACAGGCGGGAGCUCCUACAGCAGACUACCAUAUGAUACAGAAUGUUACAACACAGGCCUUGGUUUGAGUUUGUUACCUGUCCCCUGAACCUGACCCUUUCUCACUGGGGCAUGUCUACCAAAAUGACUUUAUCCAUCAUCCACAGGUCUAUCUACUGUCUUAGUGACCAAAACACUCUGACACAAACCUGUCACAGAAACAAGUGCUAGGACAAUAACGUAGACAGAAACAAGUGUUAGGAAGAUAGUGGGACAUGUUACUGAACUUAAAGGUGACAGGGGCUCUUGUUCAGGAUGGGACACAUUGUCAGGAAGGUAAAACAAAGAGAAGUUUCAGGGGAAAGUGUAUCAAACUUAACCCAGGGCUGCAGAAAGAUCUUCCAAUACCUGUGUGGAAAUAUUAUGCAUGAAGUCUGACCAGACAGCUUUUAAAUCUAUUUAUGCAAGGUCUUACUAUUGCAAAACAUUAUUACUACUUAGAUGUCAAGUGACUGAAAGGAAAGGUGUUACAGUAGCCUCAGCACUGGUGGAUUAAAUAGGAAACAUAGGGUCACCUGAAGAAGUGUGAAUCAUGUCUCAUCAUAAUACUGUUGGCAUAUUGUUGGCUCUGAGAUACAUCAGAUACAGCUGCCAAAAGGUUGUGGAAUUUCUUUUUUACUUGUCAUUAUGAUACUGUUGGCAUAUUGUUUCCUCCGAGAUACAUCGGAAACAGCUGCCAAAAGGUUGUGGAGUUUCUUUUUUACUUGUAAUUAUAAUACUGCAGGCACAUUGUUUCCUCUGAGAUACAUCGGAAACAGCUGCCAAAAGGUUUUGGAAUUUCUUUUCCAUUUGAGAUAAAUAGGACUUGAUACUGUCUUAUAUGGGGAAGAUGGCAGACAAGUAACUGUCAUUAGCAUAAUUUGAUAACUAUAAAUCAUGAUGGGGAGGUGUUUAUGCUAGCUUGUAAUGCAUUUGCGUAGUGUCAUAGUCUGUAACGUUAUAGACUGACUGACAGAGUGAGUACGCGUUUCUGAAAGAACCUUAAUUACCAUUUUAAAUGCUGUAAUAGAUGUAACCAAUGCAAUGUAUUCUGCUAUUUUAUAAGAAGAAUGGCGGAUUAUGUCUUCUUCAAGGUUACUUAAUGGAUCAACUUUCUCUUGGUUUAUGUUGGGCUUGUAGGUGUGUUUGUCAAUAUAAAGAGUAAUAUAUUAUGUUGUAAGGUAAAUGCUACCAUUCCAGAAGACUGAUUUUAUUGUGCAAGUAUGUUUUUAAAAAGUGUCAAUUAGCUGCUGCAGUGUACAGUGCAGCAAACAGGUUUUACUCCUUCCAUUCCACUUUUUCACAGGUAGGAAUUAUUACAUGUGGAACUUUUAAUCUGUGCCAAUAUAGGAAAACUGUAAGUGUUGCCUAUUUAUUGCUUUGGUGUUUCACCAUGACUUAUGAAAGAGAAGCUGCCAUGUUAUGAUUUUAUGAUCCAUAAGUAGUAGAUUUAGACUAAUGCAGAAAUGUUGCACUUUACAAAGUGGUCAUGUUUGCAUUGUAAUUUAGAAGUUUUUAUUUGUGCAAGCAGAUCUUUGUGUGUGUGUGGGGAGGGGGCAAAAUCAUUCUGACCAUCCAAGAUUUGUCCAUGCCUGUUUGACAGAUUUUUGAUAGCAGUUAUGAUUUCCUUCCAAAAGAUCUGCCUAGAGAUUCUAUUUAUGAAUGCAAAAUGUACAUGCAGACAAUUGCUUUGAGAUGGAAAGUUGGGAACAUUGAUAAGUUUAUGUGAUAUUCCAAAGCCACAGUGGGAACAAUGUCCUACACAAUCUACAUUAGUAUAUAUAUAUAUAUAAUGAGUAUAAUUCGUGUCUAUGUCUUGUGCUUGGCCUGUAUCAUUUCCAACUAAGUGCUUUGCAGCCCACAUUAAGCUAUGCAACCUGAAAGCCCAAGGUACCGGUACUUUUUUUCCUGUACCUCUCUCUGCAACACAAAAUGCCUGACAAAGCAAAAGGAGCCUGACACCAUGUGGACUUAACUUAUAACAUUCUGUGAGGUAAGCAAUUUAAAUAGCCUUCAAUGUAGUAGCCAAUAGCCUUCAGGUGGUGUGAUAUGCCAAGGGAGACUUAAAUCAGCUAUACAGAUAGUUACAGAAUGUCUCUGUCAUCAGAACAAAUUUGUGGUCAAACCAGUGGAAAUAUCACAUUUAUAUUACGUUAAUGCUUCCUGUUGUAAUUGGACCUGUUCAAUCAGUGGAGACAGAUGUAUUUCUGACCUAUACUAUGUAAUAGAGAAACAUUUGGGAAUCAAAGUGAUCAUUUAAAUACAUUUACAUUAGUGAUUGUUUACAUGAUUGUAAAAUACUGAUCGUGACUUACAUUGUACAGUAUGUACCAAUAUUAAUACAGGACAUACUGGUUUUCUUAUUGUGGAGCCACAUGAAGAAGAAAAAGGUUCACAUCCUGUGAUCCACGGUCAGUUUUUUUAAUACUUUGACAUCCAGUCAGUGGUCAUCACAUUCAAAUGGUUCUCUCUGUACAAUGCAGUUUUGCAUAAGUGCUGGGAACAAUGCGUUCAGAGUUAAUUUUUUAACUGCUAUGCAGUUAUACUAUUGGAUGACAAUGAUAGGAAAUGGAUGAUAGGAAUGAUAGGAAAUAAUUAUAUCAUCAGUCUGUGACAUUCCAAACACAUUAUAAUAUUUUCUAUAGCUGCAGAAUAUACAGCCAGUACUACAUGUAUGUAAUAUAUACAACUGUGCCAAUAAAAAGUGCAAGUAGUGCGGCCAUGAGCAAA